AGGUAUAUAUAUAACAUGUUUUGGGGCAUCGGCGCUUAGCCCGUACGACGUGCUUGGCGGCUGCAGUUCCUUGCCAACGCGUUGACUUCACGACCACAAUGAGGUCCACGCUUUUCCUGGCUGUGCUUUGCCUCGCGAUUGCUGCGACGUCAGCCACCUUCGUCCUAAGCUACGGCCUGAAUGGCUACGGGGGCCUGGGUUUCGGAGGACUCGGAUACGGCCUGGGAAGCUACGCUGGACUAGGCCAUGGUCUGGGAUACGGGAACUAUGGAGGCUACGGUGGCUACGGCGGUUAUGGCGGUUAUGGCGGCUACGGAGGAUACGGAGGAUACGGAGGAUACGGUGGCUACGGAGGAUACCGCCGAUAUCUUGGUUACGGCCACGGAUAUUAUGGUUGAAUGACAAAAACUACGCGUCUUCUUUCAAAUAAAACUUGCCAGCAAACU